GUAGAACUGUAGAAUUAGCAGGUAAGCUAGGAGAGAUGGUGGCAAUGGAAGGAGCUGUGGGUGCGUGGGCAUGGUGGCUGGGCCUCCUGUUCGGCGCCGUCCCGCUGCUCUGCCUCGCCGUGUGGCACUCCACCGACGCAUGGUACUGCGCCGCGUUCGCUCUCAAAUACCGCGGCCAUGGGAGCAAUGGCAUCCGGCGGCGCCUCCCGCCGGGCCACAUGGGUGUCCCCUUUCUGGGAGAGACGCUCUCGCUGCUCUGGUACUUCAAGCUGGCACGCCGCCCGGACGACUUCAUCGGCGCCAAGAAGAGCGCGUACGGCAGCGCGGCAGGGAUGUACAGGACGCAUCUGUUCGGCUCCCCCAGCAUCAUCGCCUGCUCGCCGGCCGCGAACAAGUUCGUGCUGCAGUCACCCGAAAGCUUCGGCAUCAGGUGGCCGGUGCCGGAGCUCGUCGGCAUCACGUCGGUGGUGAACGUGGAGGGCAGCAGCCACGCCAGACUCCGUGGGUUCAUCCUCGCCGCCAUCAACCGGCCCAGCUCGCUCCAGACCAUCGCCACCGUUGUGCAACCGCGCGUCGUAGCGGCGCUGCGAACGUGGGCGGAUAAGGGUACCAUCGUCGCCGCCACAGAGAUUAAAAAGGUGACGUUUGCCAACAUCUGCAAGAUGUUCAUAAGCAUGGAGCCAUCGCCUUUGACAGACAAGAUCGAUCGGUGGUUCGGCGACUUGCUUGAUGGUCUAAGGGCAUACCCCUUUGAUUUUCCAGGGACAGCGUCUCACGGCGCUCGAAAGAGUCGCCGGAAGCUAGACGCGAUCUUCCGAGAGGAGCUGGAGGCAAGGAAGAAGGUGGACAGGCAAUGCGAUGAUCUAAUGGGCGGUCUGAUGCAGAUGAAGGACGAGCAGGGAAAGAAGUUGAGUAAUGAGGAGGUGGUGGAUAACAUUGUUUCCCUUGUCAUCGCCGGCUACGAGUCCACUACCAUCGCCAUCAUGUGGGCUGUCUACCACCUCGCAAAAUCCCCCGUCGUCCUUGCCAAGCUUCGAGAGGAGAAUAUAGCGAUGAGCAAAAGCAAAGGCGGGUCGACGUCAACGAGUUUGAUGAUCACCCACACCGACAUCCCAAAGAUGAAGUACACGGCCAAGGUGGUGGAGGAGACAAUCCGGAUGGCCAACAUCGCCCCCAUGGUCCACCGCGUGGCAAACAGAGACGUGGAGUACCGCGGCUAUACCAUACCGAAGGGUUGGGCUGUGCUGGUGUGGUUGAGAUCCUUGCACACUGAUCCCAAUUACUACGAGGAUCCCCUCUCCUUCAAUCCUAACAGAUGGGAUGAACCGGCUAAGGCAGGAACAUACCAGGUGUUUGGAGGUGGCCCUAGGGUCUGCGCAGGCAACAUGCUUGCCAGGCUACAGGUCACCAUCAUCCUGCAUCAUCUCUGCGUCGGCUACGAAUGGGAGUUGCUCAAUCCUGAUGCAGAGAUCAAUUACCUUCCACACCCAAGGCCAGCGGAUGGUGCAGCCAUGGCCUUUCGUAAGCUUAGCACAUGAUCACGCAAUCAAUUGAAAUCAGAUCAAAUAAACCAGUCUAUUGUAGUGCAUGUGUGUAUGUUAAUAUUGGCAAUAAUGUACGAUCAUAUCGGAUCUGCAGUUAGCCUGUCUUUUCUCUGAACGUGAGGUUGUUGUUCGACUUU